UAUUUUUUUUCGAAUUGAUUGAUUUAUUGAUUUUUUUUAAUUAUCAUUUACUGUGAAUUAUUUUUUUUACAAUUUAAUAAACAUAAAAUGUCAUCACUGCCACGAAAUUAUAACGAUGAUGAUGAUUAUGAUCAUCAUCAACAUCAUCCAUCAUCGUCAGAACCAAUAAAAAUCAAUAAUAAUCAAAAUCGUCGUAGACAAAAUAAUUCAUCAUCAAUUUGUCGCAAUUGUUUAUAUCGUCUUUGUUGUUGUAUAACGAUAUUAUCGAAUUGUAGCGAUAAUGAUGAUGAUGAUGGCCAUGAUGAUCACGAUCAACAACAACAACGACAUUCAAUGUUAACUAGUCAAUCAUUUGAAAUGUUGAAUGAAAAUUGUUUUGAUCAAUUAAUUGGUUCACCACCACCGCCAUUGCUAUCAUCCGAUUGUUCAUGUGCACCAAUUAAUUUACCUGUUAAUCAAUUUCGACAAAUUAAUCAUAAUAAUGAACAACAACAUCAACAACAACAACAUCAGCAACGACGACAACGAUCGCAACAGCAACAGAGACAAUUAUCGAUUGAUAAUGAUGAUGAUGAUGAUGAUGAUGGUAUGUUACAGAACAUCAUAUAUGAAUCGCAAAACAUGCUCGAAUUAUAAAAAUUGAAUUUUAUCAUCGAAAAAAAACGCAUGUGUUUCUUAUUUUUUGAGUUUAGUGAAAAUUACGUAUCUCGUACGAUAGAUGUCGCCAAAGUCUAUGUCGAUUUUUUAAACUGCGUAGUCAAUUUUUGUUUUGUUUUUUUUUAGAUAAAAAUAAUUUAAUUAAGCAGAAAUAAUCUUGUUUUUUCUCAUUUAUUCUCUAGAUAUUUUUCAAAUGGACGACGUUCUUGAUGCUGAUGAUGACAAUAUCCGAUUGUUGAAUCCAACACCAUAUGAACCACCACCACCAACAAGACCAAGAUCAAGUAACACAAUUGGCUACACGAAUAGUGAUGAUAAUGAAGAAGAAGAA